AUUCAAAUGUUAAGAAUAAGAAAAGUUUUUAAAAUUAUUAAAAAAAAAUAAGAGACGUACCAAAACGCGCCGUUUGUUGUCAAACGCCGAUCGCCGAUCCGAUUAUGCUGCACAAACAACGAACGAAACGAAACGAAACAGCUCUUACAAUAAAAAGGUACUUAGCUUGCCGUCUCCUUGUCUGAACUUAUGUAAAAAGAAAUGAGCAACGGGACUGAACAGAUAUUUCUACCUGAUUCCGCGAGCAACCUGCCUCACGGAAGCGAAAUGAUAAGGUCGAUGAGGCCCGGUAAUGGAGCGCCGACAAUCGACACAACCAAUCUUGAGAAUGUGUCGGACUUCUCAAAGGUGUGCCGUGUGUGUGCAACUGUCACAGAGCUGGUGGUUCAAAUCUAUGGUGAAGAGGGCCUGCGCAUGAACCUUGCUGAUAAAAUAAAGAGACAUCUGCCUAUUAAGGUAACGGAAAAUGAUGUGCUGCCCCUAGUGGUGUGCUUCCAAUGCACGAGCACCCUCCUUGCGACGCACGAGCUGGUGGCGUGCAGCCUGCAGGCCGACGCGGCGCUGCGUACUGCGCGCGCUCAGCGAGAGCGGCAGGCCGGGCCCUCCCAGCAGCGUCAGGGGCCGGCGCCGGCCGCGGAGGGCGUCGUCGAGGACCCGCCAGACGACUACCGGCGUUGCGAGUUCUGCCCCCUCGUGGUCGCCGGCGCCCUCUACACCAGCCACCUGCUGGGCCGCCAUGCCGACCUGGUGUUCCACUGCGACGAGUGCAGCUCGUACAUCGCCCGGAGACAGUUCCUCGCGCACAUGACCCGGCACGCGCACCAGUACGACGCGGCAGAGCGCCGCGCGGCCCCCGCGCCGCCGUACUCGCCGCCCGCCCCCGCCCCCGCCGCCCCCGCCCCCGCCCGCACCCCCGCCCCCACCACCACCACCGCCGCCGCCGACUCCACCACCACCUCCUCCGGCGGGCUCAGCGACGACGACGACGACGACGACCUUGAACAGAUGCCACACCAGCUCGAGGCGAUUGAGCGCGAACGUGACAAUCCUGAUCCGGUUCGGGAAAAUGCAGCGCCCGAGCCGAAUGCAGCCGCUCGACCGAUUGUGAUAGCCGAGCCGAACCCUGAACCCGUUCAAUCGAGAGCCGUGUGGAUCGAUGUUCCUGUUGAAAAUCCUGUGCCCGCUCAACUACAUCAGCGGGCCGAGUCGACUGCGCAGGUCGAAGAGACGAAUGAGCCUCAGCCCAAGAAGACGCCGGCCGUCCGCCAGUGCCCCCUCUGCCCCAAGACCUACACGGCCUCCUCGAGCUACUUCUACCAUCUCAAGUACACGCACGGCCAGAGCCGCGAGCACGAGUGCCCGACCUGCGGCCGCCGCUUCGGCACGCGCGGCGCGCUGCGCGGGCACGCCGCCCUGCACGAGCCCGGCCGGGGCUGGCCGUGCGACCAGUGCGGGAAACUGUCCCGUACCCAAGCCGGCCAGUAUAUACACGCGCAGACGCAUAAGGGUGAGAAAGUGAAGAAAUUCGUGUGCGCGGAGUGUGGCCGAGCGUUCCGCUGGCGCACGGAAUUCAAACGCCACGUCGCCAGACAUGCGGCGAAUCGUACGCACGCGUGCGAAUGCGGUCGUGCGUUUUCAGUGCGGGCGGAUUUGUUAAGACACGCUCGCACGCACAGGCGCGCUGCGCACCCGUGUCCGCACGCGGGCUGCGGCGCGACGUUCGCGCAGCCGCGCUACCUGCGCGCGCACGAGGCGCGCAAGCACCACGCCGCGCCCGGCAAGGCGCAGGCGCAGCGCAAGUCUGCUUAAACUCGCCGUUUACAGCAACCGUACUCCACCGGGCUUGUUUAAGUGGCCCGCCAGGUGAUCCUGGUCCUGGUAUACCUGGUGCGAACGUAAAGACGGAUUUGGCUUGUAGUACCCGGAGGAGCUACGAGGCAAAACCGUCUUAAUGGCCCUCAUAAAAAAAGGUUGAGUAUGGCUGGUUUAGAGCAUACGUCUACUAAAACUAGAUUACAUUCCUUUCUUAUGUUACCUAAGGUAUAAGUAUAGUAUAACCGUUUCGAUUUAAAUGAUACACGCUAAACUAGAAUUUCUAAUGCCGGAGAGUGACACUCAAUAUUGUUGCGGGGUCGACCCUCUUCUUCAGUCAAUCUCUUCUAGUGGACGUGUGCUCGCCGAUGCAUCAUUUCUAUUAAUAUAAUUAUUUGUGUGCCGCCGACUGAAAGCCGAUCAGUAUAAUCAAUGUACCGAUUUAUAUAGAUUAUAGUCUUCACACAAAUGUCCGAGACUCCAGUUCGAAAGUAUAUGGUAUGGCUAAGGUGUUCUCAAAUAUCUGGACAAAGCCUCUAUUGUCAAGGCGCUAGAGUGCGUGUUCAGAUAUUUUUGAGCACCUCGGUCGGCCCAGUAUCAACAUUGACCAUAGGUAAUAAGAUUCACAAGUAAACAGCGUGAACGAUGCACGAUUAUCUCGCUCUAGACACUUGUAUGAAGACGCCCCACGGAACGUCUCUAAACUCAAAAAUUAAACGUAUUCUUCUAAUUGUGACUUAAUGUUUGUUAGUAGCCAAAGAUAUACAGGAAUAAUUUCCGCUUUGGCAGAAGUAUUUGUUAUGAACGGGAGAUCUAACCCUUUUCCAGGCCGCACCAAACCACAAUUUAUUUUCAAAAAUUCAAAUAUGCUUCAAUUGAUCAAACUUUGAUGAUUCAUUUGGAGACCAGUCACAUCUCCCGAAAGUCUAAUCUGAUUUGAACCUUAAAUCGGAACGCUAAAGUUGAAAUUCUAUUGGCGCGUGUGUGGUCGAUAAAUCGUUCUAUGCCUGGAAAAUGGUUAAUAUUAGUUGCACGGCAUCGCGCAAGGCGUAUGAUUCGUGUUUAGUAAGUAUAAGUAUACAGGAUGCCUCCUACUUUGGGGCUAUAAUAUAAUGGGUCUCAAUAGCAAGACGGCAGACCCACUUUAUUGUUAUUUAAACCAUUUUCUUUGGGUGUAAUAUUUUCGUUAUUUUAUUUGCUUUUUGGAAAUCCUGAGGGAUACUGAAAAGCUGCUGAUUAUGAUUAGUGAUUAAGUUCUGUUGCAAUUGUUUCUCAAAAUUCUAUCUUUGUUAUUAUUUAGUUUAUAAGUAUAUGAAUGUGAUGUGAUUUAGAAUCUGAUUCUGUCAACAUAGAUGUAAGACUGAAUAUUUAAUAAGUGUCUAAUCAUAGGAACGCUUGGUAAGAAUAAAAUACUCCUUUUCGGCA